AUGUUGACUAGCUAUCCGAAACUGGAUUCCACCUUCAGCAACCCCGUAGCCGCUUGCCCGUCUUUGUCUCAUUCCAGCUCAGGCAACGAGUCGCAACCUCAGCAGCAGCAGACCUCCUUCUGCUUCCAACUGCCGGCCGAACACCACUGGCUUGGCAGUUGCGCAACCAACUUCUUCCCCAAAGACGUCUGGUGUGCGUCUUCCGAGAUCUUCCCAAGAUCCAAGCCUGAGAUCAACGAGGAAGAGGAGGCUAAACCUCCCAAGGUCAUGCAGGUUAUCGAGCCCGAAGAUGACCUCAAAUGCCUCAUCAACAAUGAUCUGAAGUUGAGACUUUGCGGCUAUUACUACGGCAGCCUCAGUUGGUCGGACGCUGCUCACAUACUGAAAAAGUGCAACGCGGGCACUUUCCUAGUUAGGGACUCAGAACAUAGUAGUUACUUAUACGCUUUGUCGGUGCAAACUCGAAAGGGGCCCACGAGCUGUCGCAUCGAGUACAGCAACGGACGAUUCAGACUGGAUUCCUGUCAAGAACUUUCCAACAAAAUGCCUCGCUUCGAAAGCGUUACUGAUCUUGUUGACCACUACGUUCAAAUGACCAAGAACUUGCCACGUAACACUGCUUCCAAAGAAGUAUCUCCCGUCUGGUUGAAUCUAGACGAGGAGAAUACCAGGGACAUUCCAGUCCAAAUAUACAAGCCUCUAUACAGAACUGUCCAAAGUCUUCAGCAUAUUUGUCGCAUAAAUUUGAUUAGGAUACAAAGAGAACGUCAUCCAAACUGGCCCCUGUCUAGGACGAUAAACGAAUCAGAACAUAACGUUUUACCAACCGUCUUAAAAGACUAUCUUAAAGAGUAUCCUUAUUCCCAAUGA